AAAUUCCUUGUUCUAACCACAAGAUGCAAGAUUGAAACAUGACAUAGAUGAAAAGUACUUUGUGUAUCUACAAUCCUUUCCAUGUCAUUUUACCUAGAACCUCCUAGUGGAACAAUAUCACUGCAAAAUUUGGAGAGGUUUGCUGAAAAGAGACUUGACUUCCUAAUAAAGAUUUACGAGGCCAGGAAUGACAGAGUGAGACUGUUUGAUGUGGUCCAUGAUGCUGGCAAUGUUGUUGAUUCUGAAUGUUUGAUUGAUGGGACAAAGAAAGAUGCAAUAUCUCAUUUUAUUUUGAGGUUGGCUUUAUGUAAAGACAUUGAUACGGCUGACUUUCUCGUUGCUGCAGAAACUUCACUGUUUGAAUUUAGAUUUUUAUGUAUGAACGAAGAUGAAUUGAGAGAGCUGUUCAGAAGAACUGAAAACAUGAUUAGUUGUGUUACCUUGGAAACUAUGUCUAAAAUUUCAAAACUGCUAAAUAUUUUUCAAUUGCUUCACAGACAGAUAAAAAGCUGGAGAAAAGUUGUGAGAUUAUAUCUAAAAGGAGAUGACAGCCAUUGUUUUUAUGUUCCAUUUUCAAAUGUUCUUAAUUUGGUUGCUAAGAGACAUGUUUUAUUGACCAAUGGCAUUGCUGCAGUACCUUUCCCAAAGCUUCGGGAAGUUGUAACGGAUAUUUUUAAAGAAGUUUUAAAAGAAGGGCUUAAAAUUGCACAAGAAAAGAGGUUAUUAGACCAUGUGGAUUUUCGAUUUAGAAAAUUAAUUGCGAAGUUAGUGAAAAAACUACGAGAACAAUAUAAACCAUUUGCUGAAAACAGUAAUCUUUAUACCAGUCUGUCACAUGACACAGUUCCUAGGGAAACAAAACUGUUCCCUCCAUGUAUGUUCAACUUACAAAGAGUAUUGCAAAACAGACACAGGUUAAAGCAUCACUCAAGGAUUCAGCUGACAUUGUUUUUAAAAGAGAUUGGAAUGCCAAUUCAUGAAGCUCUUAUGUACUGGAGGAAGGAAUACUCCAUUGAUGUUGACAACCAAGAUGGCUGCCAUCAGAAUUGGAAAGACAAUGAGAAACGUUAUGUAUAUAAUAUCAGACAUUUGUAUGGACUAGAGGGAUCUCACAUUAACUACAGAGCUCACUGCUGUAACUCACUUCAGAACUUCACACCAUUUACAGGAGAAGUAGGAGGCUGUCCUUUAAAACAUUUUGACAGGGAACAUUUGAACUGGUUACUUAGUGAUAUGGGGGUACCAGAUAUAGAUAUACAGACAGUAGAAACAUUGGUGAAGUUCCAGAAAUAUACUCAAGCUUGUGGUACAGUUCUACACAGUAAGAUGGCUGGUGUGAAGGGUGUGGCUGAUCCUCAAACCAAGGAGAUUUUAAUAGACAGUUCUAUUGAUGGACAGGACACUUCAUUUUGUCAGUCAAAUUUGUGUAACGGGUGCAGCCAUAGCUGUAGUCAGAAACAACAUGUUUUAUCUGAACAAACAGAGUGCUCAAGUUUGUCUGAGUUACACAAGGAACAUGAAAGCUGUAAUUCAAAAGGAGAUAAAACUUUAAUAAGUGAUAAAACCAAACCUAAAGAAAAUCAUAAUUCAUUGGUGUGUUCUGAGCAUGACAUACGAACAACCUGUAAUAAUGCAAAAUUUGACAUAGUGCCAAAAAAUGAAAUAACAUUGGAUUUACCUCAAAGCAGGAAUACCUCAUGUACUGAUAAGGAUGAUAAAAACUGUUCAAUUAAUGUUAUGUGUUACAAUGAAGAACAAAAACAGUGUAUAUUGUCAGAUUGUGUUGAUGACAGAAGUUUGAAAACGGAAAGUCCUUUUAAUCUCCAAAAACCUUCAGAUUUUUAUUUUUGGUUUAGAAAAUGCUCUGUUGAUUGUUGAAUUAUUAUAAAGAAUGAUAUUUAUUAUUGUUAUUGUACAGCAAAGCAAAAUUU